ACACCGUCACCUGUCAAACAGACAACCUCUGGUGUGUUUUCUUUCUGAAAGGAGCAGCAACACCGACUCACACUGAAGCGCCUACGGUAGCCACCAACUGGACGGACUCUCUGGCAAUCGACCUUUUGCAGUGGAACAGCGGAAUAAGUCUUGGAACCAUGAGCUCAGUGGCAGUGUUGACUCCGGAGAGCUUUGCUGAGCAUCGCAGCGGUCUUAAGGAGCAGGAGAUCACAGGCUAUGUUCCAGAGGAUGAAGCCUACAUUCCCACCUACCUGGAGGCCUUUCCUCCGCUGCCAGAGAAGGGUACUCCUGGGGAGAAGGCUGGGGAGCUGGCCGGGGCCUGGGGCAGCAAGAUCAGACCCAUCAAAGCCUCUGUCAUCACCCAGGUGUUCCAUGUGCCCCUGGAGGAGCGACGCUACAAAGACAACAGCCAGUUUGGGGAGGGCGAGGAGGCGAAGGUUUGCCUGGAUAUCAUGCAGCGGACAGGGGCUCACAUCGAGCUGUCCCUGGCAAAAGACCAGGGCUUGUCCAUUAUGGUCACCGGCAAGCUGGACUCUGUCAUGAAAGCUCGCAAGGAGAUUGUGGCUCGUUUGCAGACACAGGCGUCGGCCACAGUUGCCAUCCCCAAGGAACACCAUCGUUUUGUCAUCGGUAAGAACGGGGAAAAGCUCCAGGAGCUAGAGCUGAAGACCGCCACCAAGAUCGCCAUUCCGCGCCCCGACGACCCCAGCGCCAGCAUCCGCAUCACAGGCACCAAGGAAGGCAUCGAGAAGGCCCGCCACGAGAUCCUCCUCAUCUCUGCCGAACAGGAUAAGCGUGCGGUGGAGCGACUGUCCCUGGAGAAGGCCUUCCACCCCUUUAUUGCUGGUGCUCACAACCGGCUGGUUCAGGAGCUGAGCCAGGAGACAGGUGCCCGCAUCAGCAUACCCCCUCCCAGCCUGCCCAAGGAUGAGAUUGUCAUCACCGGAGAGAAGGAGGCCGUCGCACUGGCCCUCAGCCGUAUACGAGCCAUCUAUGAUGACAAGAAGAGGAAGACCACCACCAUCUCUGUGGAGGUGAAGAAGUCCCAGCACAAGUACAUCAUAGGUCCAAAAGGCAACACCCUGCAGGAGAUCCUGGAGGCCACGGGGGUUUCUGUGGAGAUGCCCCCCCUGGACUCUGGCUCUGAGACAAUCAUCCUGAGGGGGGAGCCAGACAAGUUGGGACCUGCACUCACACAGGUCUAUGCCAAGGCUAAGAGUGUAAUGGUGGUGGAGGUGACGGCUCCAGCGUGGCUCCAUCGCUUCAUUAUUGGCAAGAAAGGACAGAACAUUGGACGCAUCACACAGCAGCUACCACGGGUACAUAUAGAGUUUACGGACGGGGAAGAGCGCAUCAGUUUGGAGGGGCCGACAGAAGAGGUGGAGCAGGCCCAGGCCCAGAUACAGGACAUCAUCAAGGACUUGCUGGUGAGAAUGGACUACACUGAAAUCAUCAUAGACCAGCGCUUUCACAGACACCUCAUAGGAAAGAAUGGAGCCAACAUAAACCGAAUCAAGGAGCAGUAUAAGGUGUCGGUGCGAAUUCCCCAGGAUGCAGAGCGCAGUGGCCUGGUCCGGAUCGAGGGGGACCCGAAAGGGGUCCAGCUGGCACGCAGAGAGCUCAUAGAGAUGGUCCAAAGGAUGGAAAAUGAGCGCACUAAAGACCUGAUUGUGGAGCAGAAAUACCAUCGGACCAUCAUUGGCCAGAAGGGAGAGAAGAUCAAGGAAGUUCGGGACAAGUUCCCUGAGGUCAUCAUUAAUUUCCCUGACCCGGCUCAGAAGAGUGAUAUAGUCCAACUGAGAGGGCCAAAGAAUGAGGUGGAAAAAUGUGCCAAGUUCCUCCAGAAAAUCAUAGCUGACCUGAUAGAGAAUAGCUUCUCGCUCUCAGUUCCCAUCUUCAAGCAAUUUCACAAAAACAUCAUUGGCAAAGGUGGCACCAAUAUCAAAAAGAUCCGAGAGGAAACCAACACUAAGAUAGACCUGCCGACGGAGAACAGUAACUCGGAGAUGAUCGUAAUCACAGGGAAGAAGAGCAACUGUGAUGCCGCCAGAGACCGAAUCCUGGCCAUCCAGAGAGAAAUGGCUAACAUAAAGGAGACAGAGGUGGCCAUUCCAGCCAAGCUGCACAACUCCCUGAUCGGCUCAAAAGGCUGUCUUGUGCGCUCCAUCAUGGAGGAUUGCGGGGGUGUCCACAUUCACUUCCCCUCUGAGGGCUCCGGCUCAGACAAGGUCACCAUCCGGGGGCCGGCGGGGGAGGUGGAGAAGGCCAAGAGACAACUGUUGCAGCUGGCUGAAGAGAAGCAAGUCAACAAUUUCACGGUCGAGCUGCAGGCCAAGCCCGAGUACCACAAAUUCCUGAUUGGCCGAGGUGGGGCCAACAUCCGGCGAGUACGGGACCGGACGGGCGCCCGCAUCAUUUUCCCAUCACCAGAUGACUCGGAGCAGGAGCUGAUCACUAUUGUGGGGAGGGAGGAAGCUGUCCGACUGGCUCAGAAAGAGCUGGAGACCCUGGUUAAAAACCUGGAUGAUGUGGUGGAAGACAGCAUGGUGGUGGAGGUGCGUCACCACCGUUACUUUGUGUGCCGGCGGGGCCAGGUGCUGCGGGAGCUAGCUGAGGAGUACGGAGGCGUGGCCGUCAGUUUCCCCCGCACCGGUGCCCAGAGCCAACGCGUCACACUGAAAGGAGCAAAGGACUGUGUGGAGGCAGCCAAGAGACGCAUCCAGGAGAUCAUCGAGGACCUGGAGUCCCAAGUAACCUUGGAGGUGGCCAUCCCCCAGCGCUACCACCGAGCUGUCAUGGGACCUAAAGGUUGCCGCAUCCAGCACAUUACCCGGGAGCAUGAGGUCCAGGUCAAAUUCCCAGAGAGAGACGACAGCAACACAGGCCAGGACGCCCCACCACAGGAAAAUGGCGAAGCCAGUCCAGAUACAGAAUAUGUCCCCCGCAAGUGUGACAUCAUCACCAUCUCCGGGAGGGCAGAGAAAUGUGAGCUGGCCAAGGCGGCCCUGCUGGCACUGGUGCCCAUAACAGAGGACGUGGACGUGUCUUAUGAGUUGCAUCGCUACAUCAUCGGCCAGAAGGGGAGUGGCAUCAGGAAGAUGAUGGAGGAGUAUGAGGUGAACAUCUGGGUGCCUCAACCAGAGCAGCAGUGGGAUGUGAUCAGGGUGACGGGCCAGGUGGCCAAUGUAGAGCGAGCCAAACUGGGCCUGCUGGAGCGAGUCAAAGAACUGCAGGCAGAACAGGAGGACAGGGCCCUGCGCAGCUUCAAAGUCACCAUGUCUGUGGAUCCCAAGUUCCAUCCCAAAAUUAUUGGCCGUAAAGGAGCUGUUAUCUCUCAAAUCAGAAAAGACCAUGACGUCAACAUCCAGUUCCCCGAUAAAGGAGAUGAACAUCAGGAUUUGAUAGUGAUCUCAGGGUACGAGCAGAACGUGGAAGAGGCUCGUCAGGCCAUCCAGCAGCUGGUGGCCGAGCUGCAGGAGAUGGUGAGCCAAGAUGUCCACCUGGACCCGCGCACGCACGCCCGCAUUAUUGGUGCACGCGGAAAGGCCAUCCGCAAGCUGAUGGAGGAAUUCAAGGUGGACAUCCGCUUUCCUCAGCCUGGCUCUGAUGAGCCUGACAAAGUGACAGUGAUGGGGUUGCCUGAAACGGUGGACAACGCCAUAGACCACCUCCUCAACCUGGAGGAAGAAUAUAUGCUGAGCGUGACAGAGACGGAGACCAUGGCAGCCUACAUGAAGCCGCCGUCUCGCUACGGCGGAGGGGGAGCAGCAGGAGGAGGAGUAGACGAUAGCAGCGGCGGUCCAGCUAAGGGUUUUGUGGUACGGGAUGCCCCCUGGAACGCACCAGGAAACAAGGCUCCAGACAUGAGCAGUGCUGAGGACUUCCCCACCUUUGGGACCGGUGUGGCCCCUAAACAGGCCUCUGCCUGGGGGCCCAAGAAGUUCUGAGGCCGCUCUGCCAGGGGUGUGUGCGUG